UUGUUUAUUCGAUGGCGGGCGGGGAGUAGGUUCGUGCAUAGGCUCGUGGCUUCAUAGCCUUUAGGCCUUUAUGGGGUCUGAUGCUUUUGCGGGUUUUUUGUGGUUAUCAUUGGCGAGGAGUUACUGUAGUUAUCAUUCGUGUGUGGAGUGUGCUCGUUUCGUUGGCUUCUCUGAAUCGGCUGCUGAUUGCUUUGGCGACAGAGAAAUCUGCAUAGCCAAUGGAUGACGUACGUGGCAGAUCUGAAUAAACUCUGCUUCCGUUCUUGGUUUGGGACUGAACCGUAUCGUGCGCAUCCUGGGAUCAUGAGAUGUAUCUUGAGUUGGAUCCACAAAGAUAUUGAAACGUUCGAGUGAUUAAGAUCUGCUUGAUUCUAGGUCGGUUUGGGGAGUGAGGAACUGCGAAAUUAGGUCGAAGCAAAGUCGGUUUUGCCGCCUUCUUGUCAUAGAUGGGUAUCCUCGAAGAGAUGGGCUUCGGCAGUAGCAUCGACUUCUCAUCAGCUAAUCCCCAGGAGGCUGAUGCCGAACAGGAAACCGAGGCUGUCGUGGAGGAAGAGUACAGCGACGAGGAGGUGGAGGUGGAGGUGGAUGUGGAUGAGCUAGAGAAGAGGAUGUGGAGAGACAGGAUGCUCUUGAAGCGUCUCAAGGAGCAGAGCAAGAACAAAGAAGUUCUGGAUGGCGCGAAGCAGCGCCAAUCGCAGGAGCAGGCGCGGAGGAAGAAGAUGUCGAGAGCUCAAGAUGGUAUACUCAAAUACAUGCUGAAGAUGAUGGAAGUGUGCAAGGCCCAGGGCUUCGUGUACGGGAUCAUUCCCGAGAAGGGCAAGCCAGUGAGCGGUGCCUCCGACAAUCUCCGAGCCUGGUGGAAGGAAAAAGUGAGGUUCGACCGGAACGGACCCGCGGCGAUCGCCAAGUACCGGGCGGACCACUCGAUCCCCGGGAACGGCGAGGACGCGGCCACCAUCGGCCCCAUUCCUCACACCUUGCAAGAACUGCAGGACACCACUCUCGGGUCGCUCUUAUCGGCUCUGAUGCAGCACUGCAAUCCACCGCAGCGGCGAUUCCCGCUGGAGAAGGGCGUGGCUCCUCCGUGGUGGCCUACAGGAGAAGAGGAGUGGUGGCCCCAGCUUGGCCUGCCCGCCGACCAGGGACCUCCGCCCUACAAGAAACCUCACGAUCUCAAGAAGGCUUGGAAGGUGAGCGUCCUCACGGCUGUCAUCAAGCACAUGUCGCCGGACAUCUCCAAGAUCAGGAAGCUCGUCCGUCAGAGUAAAUGUCUGCAGGAUAAGAUGACCGCAAAGGAGAGUGCCACGUGGCUCGCGAUAAUCAACCAGGAAGAAGCUCUGUCCAGGAAAUUGUACCCCAAUAGCUUCCCGCCCGUGUGUUCGGACAGUGGAUUUGGGUCCUAUGUCAUCAGCGAUGCUAGUGAUUAUGAUGUGGAAGGAGCUGAUGAUGAACCAAAGUUCGAGGCGGAGGAAUGCAAGCCUUUUGAUCCAAGUGCUUUUGGCAUCGGGCCAAGGGUGUCUACAGGCGAGCUUUUGAUCCAUCCACUGGUUUCUCAAAUCAAAGGAGAAGUUCAUGAAACCAAAACCAAUUCGCGGCUAGUUUCAAAGAGGAAUCAACCAUCCGAUGAGCCGAAGGCGAAGAUGGAUCAGAAGAUAUACACAUGCGAGUUUUCUCAAUGCCCUCACAGUGAUCACAGCUUCGGUUUUCUUGAUAGGACGUUGAGAAAUAAUCACCAGCUGAGUUGCCCUUAUCGGAGUAAGCCUAUCCCUUCCCAGGCCAUUGGAAUUUCAAACUUCCAAGUGAACAAUGGCCAGCAAGCAGCCUUUCUUCAUUCCUUUGCUCAACCUAAUCCCAGUCCUCCUCCUGGAACUCAUACUCCGUCUUUUAAUAUACGUGGAAUUGGACUUCCUGAAGAUGGGCAAAAGACGAUAUCCAAUCUCAUGUCCUUCUACGAUGUGAAUCUCCAACAGAACAGUACUAGUGCAGGGAAACUUGGUGCACCUUCAAAUGAGCAGCAGUUGCUGAAUGUUCAGCAUAGCAUGGGUGAUAGCUUAUUUGCUCAUGGAGCUUUCAUGGGAGGCAAAACGCAUGAAGAGAUAAACUUACCCUUGAACCAUUCGGUCUUUCCAUCGAUGGGCAGUCAACAUGAUCAAAGCAAGGCAUUUGAUUCUCCGUUCGAAUUUUGCCUCAAUGAUGGUACGGUGGACUCUCGAUUUGGUUCUCCAUUUAGUGUGACUGCGGCUGCGGCCGACUGCAAUAGGAUGGAUUUGCUUCCAAGGCAAGAUGGCUUUGUUUGGUACCGUUGAAGCCACUGCCUGUGUCUUUGCGUCAUGAUUUUCUCAGAACUGAUGUAAGAGAAGGAGCAUUGGACAAGCAGAAAAGUACCAAUCUGUUGUUUAGUUUAGUUUAGUUUUGCUGCAAGUUGGUCGAAGAUUUUGGUGUUGAACUUAGCUGGAUUUGCCUGUUUAAAAUUGGAAAAUCGAGAUGCAGAGUCGGGUGUCCCUCCUGCAGCAUGCUCUAUAGGAUGGAUAGUAACUUACAAUUGCAUUUGCAGUAACUGAAGAGCAGAGAAUUUGGUAACAAGAUGGGGAAGAAACAAAAACCGUACUCCAUGGUCCCUAGUGUCCUAAAAUUUCAUGCUUUUUGUAAUUCGUUUUCUUGUUGGAACUCUGCUGAUACUGGGCUUGUAAAAAAAAUUCUUAUUUGGAAUAUACAUACAAUAGUAACUUCUAGACUUUUGCC